CCGAGGACGGGCGCCGGGGCUGGUUGAAGGAAGGGACGACCGCCGCCAAUGUCAUUACUUUGGACGGCGCGUCGGUUCGGAUGGGCCGGAGAGGCUAAGGCGAGGCGUAACUUAAUUCUGUCAUUGGACCUUCCGGCUUGAAUUGCCCCGAAGAGCGAGCCUCGACCUUUCCUGCCAAGGGAAGGGGGAGGAAGAAGAGUUCUGCAGGCUGGGAGGGUCGGGACGAGAUGGCUCAAUUUUCGCCGAGGAUGAAAGCGGCUUUGCACGAAGCAAGUCAAAAGCUCUUGCAAGGCGGUAGAGCGAGCGGCUUUCCUGCUGCGGAAGGGAGGAAAAAAGGCCCGGGAGAGCAGAGACCAACGCCCGUGUCCCGCCCCUGGGUCCUGCGCCUUUAAGAACUCCUCCUCUGAGCAGUGCCCACCGAGGGGAGGGCGGUGCUGCCCCUCCGAGGCACCUUCAGUCUUCCCCCGAGCAUGGGCUGGGCUGCGGAGCCUUAAGCGGCGGCCGGGGGUCCCGUGCGCCUGGAGAGCGCACUCCCGCCGCGAUUCCCGCGGAGAGCUGCUUCGGCCGACUCCAGGUGUCCAGAGGGCGGCAAGGCAGGUUCGUUCCCCUCCCAGUCUGCCCUCUCUGCCAUGGCUCCCCCGUGGCCGCCCAACGGGACGUGGCCGGGGGCGGCGGAGCAAGCGGGUUUGGGGGCCAACGGCACCAAUUGCCCUGGGGCGGAAAGCAGCCUCAGCCGGCAGGGGGCGCUCGGAGCUGCCCUCAGCCUGGCCGUGCUGGUGACGGUGGCCGGCAACCUACUGGUGGUGGUGGCCAUUGCUAAGACCCCCCGCCUGCAGACCAUGACCAACAUCUUCAUCACUUCUCUAGCCUGCGCUGACCUCAUCAUGGGGCUUUUGGUGGUGCCUCCAGGGGCCACCCUGGUCCUAAGCGGCUGCUGGUUGUACGGCACUACUGUCUGUGAGCUGUGGACCUCGCUGGAUGUGCUGUGUGUCACGGCCAGCAUCGAGACCCUGUGUGUCAUUGCGGUGGACCGAUACUUGGCUAUCACAGCCCCACUGAAGUAUGAGAUGCUGAUGACCAAGAGCCGAGCACGGGGAGUGGUCUGCCUGGUGUGGGCCGUGGCCGCCUUCAUCUCCUUCUUGCCCAUCAUGAACCACUGGUGGCGGGAUGGGGCGGAUGUGGAAGCCCUGAGCUGUUACCAGGAUCCUCUAUGCUGUGACUUUGUCACCAACAUGCCCUAUGCCAUCUUGUCUUCCAUCAUCUCUUUUUACGUGCCGCUGUUGGUCAUGAUUUUUGUCUAUGCCCGAGUCUUUGCCAUCGCUACCAGGCAACUUCAUGUCAUUGAGAAGGACAAGGGGAGGUUCCUUCAGGAUGCAUCCAAAGGCUUCCGCCGCAGGAGGCCCUCCCGUCUCCUCCUUGCCAUCAAAGAGCACAAAGCCCUGAAGACUUUGGGCAUCAUCAUUGGUGUCUUCACUCUCUGUUGGCUGCCCUUCUUUGUGGCCAACAUCAUCAAGGUCUUUGCAAGAUCCUUCGUCCCUGACCCGCUUUUUCGCUUCUUCAACUGGCUGGGCUAUGUCAACUCGGCUUUCAACCCCAUCAUCUACUGCCGCAGUCCUGACUUCAGGUGUGCUUUCAAAAAACUCUUACGUUGCCCAAGGAGACCUGAUUCCCAGCUUCAUGCUUUCUCCAAGGACCUGCAGAGAUGCCUAUGUGCCUUCAGCUCCCGGGAGAGCAAGUCCAUUGCUACAGUUUCCAGAGAGGAGGAAGAGGAGGAGGAAGAAGAGGAGGACUUGGGCACUGGUAGCACUAGCAGUGCUUCCAGUAACAGGACCGAGGAAACAAAGCAUUUGUAUCUGGCCAGCAAUGGGCACAAUUGUACACAGCGUCCCCUGGGGGAAACCCAGCUCCAAGGCACCCAGAUCACUUUGUGUCCACAGCUGGAGGAGUAGGUGUAGAGAAUGAUAGUGGGGAUGGAAAGAGAGCUGACUAGAGAGUGAAUGGCAUCUGGGGGACAGGAAGAGUCCAAAAUUGUUUUCUGGGAGGGUCUACAUUUCUUGUCCUCUAAUGUGCUACAAAGAAACUGGAAGGGUUGUGAAAAUAUUUCCUAUGAGAAUCUUGUUUGCUUGGAAGCAAGUCUUAACUAUUUUCACUGAGACGUGCUCUCUAAUAAGUGUGUUCAAAAGAGGAUUUGCAACUACUAUAGUAAAUUAAUGAUCAGUGAAUCCUGUGGUAGCUAUUUCAGUUACUGGACUGUGAACAGAGCUGAUUAUAACUCAGGUGCAAAACAUACCUUGUAUGCUGGAGCCAGAAUCAAGUGGCAGGGGAUAGGACAUCCUAAGGGUAUGACAACUGGGUUGCAGAAUUCCAGAUGCCUACUAGAAGCUGAAAAGAAACCCUAACUCUUUGCUGCUAUGCAGUCAGGUUUCUGUUUUAUUUUUAUAUCAGAGUUAUGACAACACUAGGAAAUCUUUCCUUUUGACCAUUAACACUCAGUGCCGAUGAUGCUGGCUUAGACAGAUAAUCUAACCCACUUUAUAGUAGCUUUCAUAACUGUAUCCCCUUUCAGCUGAAAACUAUUUGAUUUCCUUUUCAGAAAUAGACUGAUAGCUUUCAGACACUCAGUAGGAGCUCAUUUUUUAGUUUCUCCUUUUCAGGUGAAAUACUGAGGAGUUAAGAAGACCAUCUCCAGAAAUGGUCACCCAUCUUUGUGGCUUCUGCAGAAAAAUAUCCUAACAAUUCAGAAUCCAAAUAUCCUAAAACAUCACAUUGCUCUAGUUUGAAGAUUUCUCUUGUCAGGCAGUAUUUCUGAUGUGUGGGGAAUGUUAAAGGAAAACACACUUGUCUUU